AUGAGUGGACAUCCAUACUCACAACAAUAUACUUCUAUAAGUUCGCAUUAUCAACAAAGUGGUCACUUACCUUCUACAAAUGGUUUUCCUUCAACAUCAUCACCAUCAACUAAUAAUUCUGGAAAUAAUCAAUUACCAACAUCAUCAUCACCAGCAUCAGUUUCAACCUCUAUUCAUAAUUCAUCAAGGAGUGAGGAUGUUGUAAUGAAUUCAAUAUCAUCAUCACCAUCCUCCUCCAGAAGUUCACAUUUUAUGGGAAGUGGUAAUGGUGGUGGUGGUGGUAAUUCAUCUAUUCACAAUACUGGUAAUAAUUGUGUUAUUAAUCGACAGCCAAACCUUCAAUCAGAUACUUCCGGUAUUCCUUCCUAUGAAACAGGUUCUGGUGCCUCUUCUGCAUCCUCCUCACAUACAAGAUUAACCUCUAAUGGAGAUGAUUCAGGGGUUGGUUCAUCACAUAAUUUGUCUCAUUUUGAACAAACUGAUCAUACUACAACAUUUUCACAUCAUGUCAGAAAUGAAGAUUCAUUUGUUCAUGGUGUUAUUAGGACAUCUAAUAAUACAGAAGAUCUUGAACCAAUAGAAAGAGAUCGUUGUAAUACAUGGCCAUUAAGAAGAGCUGCUUUUGAUCAAAAUAGUAAUUCUCCAACUGUAUAUGAUAAGAUACCUGAAGAGUCAGAUUUUUGUGAUAGUUCUGAAAAUCUUCCAUUAGAUAAUUCAAAACAUGAACUUAAUAUUAAUAAUUACUCCAGAACAUCUUCUCUUAAUAAUUCACUUCUUGGUAAUAGGCAUGAAACUAAUUCAUUUACCGAUUUAAAUAAUUCAUCUGGGAUUAAAGAAGAAAUUGAUCAUAUGAAUGGUUUUGAUCCAUCAACGACACCUAAAAAGACAACAACAAGAAGGAAUGCUUGGGGUAGUCAUAGUUAUGCUGAUUUAAUUACACAGGCAAUCCAGUCUAGUCCAGAACAAAGAUUAACAUUAUCGCAAGUGUAUGAAUGGAUGGUUACAAAUGUUCCUUUUUUUCGUGAUAAAGGAGAUAGUAAUAGUUCUGCCGGCUGGAAAGUAGGUUUUUAA